AUGCUGUCGUUGGAAGACCCUACCGGACUAGUGGAAAUCAAUGAGUUAGAUAACUCUUUGCGUAAGGAAUCUGAUAAACAAGAAAGUGAAAUGUAUGGAGACACUAUUCAACUUGGUAUAAUGGAGCAGCAAAAUAUAAAGAUUGAAGGUGAUUCACAAAGCAUGAUGAAUUAUGAUGAUGAGGAUGAUGAGGAUGAUGAUGAUGGUACUACUGGUGAUUUUGAUAGUGAUCUAUUGAAGAAACUUGAAUCCAUAAACAAUAUUGAUGAAUUCCGAAAAUUACUGGAUAAUGUUUCAGCUAAUUUCGCCCAUCUAUCACAUGAGCUCAAUCGAUCGAAGAUUCAAAGGGCCCAGGGUUAUAUAUCAAUGAUUUCAAAUCUUAAAUCUGAGCUAACUACUCAAAAACAAGAAUUUGAUGCCUAUCUUGAUAAAAUAACCCCAGGGCGUGAUAUCACCUAUCAAAAUGAAGUAUCGACCGAUCUAACUAGCGCUCACCGUUCCAAAUUUGUAUCGUUGGAUGUACCGCUUUUUGAACGUGCUCAGUUUCCAAUAUUCAAACCAUGGUUCCAAAAAACUCUUGAUCCGCACAUAAAAAAGCUUAAAAUUUUCCAUGAUCGAUACGCUUAUGAUUUCCACAAUAUCGAAUCACAGAAAUUCAACAACAGCAAGAUCAUUUGGGGACAGUAUUUUCAAGAUACACUCUCUGCGAAAUCAGACGCCACCGAAGAAAUAAAAGACGAAUUGGGUAGAUUAGAGGAGGAAUUAUAUAACUUGACAUCAUAUGAACAACAGCUGAAUACCCUAGCCCGUGAGAAGCAAAUGAGCCAUAGCUUUUCCCCAGAAAAUGACGGGAACCCAAUAGUACCAAUUAGAAAAAGCUUUUUGGAGGAUGAGCAAUAUUAUGCAACUCAAGCCGAGUCUUACAGAUCUUAUAAUCAGCGAAUCUCCAAAAUUAAACAGCAGAAGGACGAUGACUCUGUACUAUUGUCUUCCACGACUGCUGCUGCUGCCAACAGUGGAGCCAUGUUGAAACCAGCAACUACGGAAGAUGUUUAUGAAGACUUAUUUAAAUUAAAAUUAAUGGCACAAGAUAAAAAGAUGACUCGGAGUAAACAUUCAAGAUUUUUGGAUGAUGUUUUAAAGAGAAUCAACGAACCAAAAAAUCAGGCUCGAGUUUCAAGUAUUGCGGGCUUGUUGAGUUCUGAUGAUAUCCAACGAAACGAAGUUCUGGAUUUUAGAACGGUUAAACGAAGUUCGCUGUCUAUUUUUGAGAAUGAACCAACGGGGAUGAAAAAGCUAAGAAGAGAAAGUUGA